CUGUGUCCACCUUUCCUGAGACACUGUUUUGAAAGGACUAGAAUACAAGCAGUUUGCUACAGUAUAGUCCCAGUUCAUGGAGCCUUGGCUGAGUGUACUACGCUUGUCUCACUAAGAGAAGCUGAACAUCACGAAUCAAGAGUGACAUCAGGGUUAAAAAGAACAAAAUAAACAGACGAAAAACAAACUUAGAACAAACCUGCAGUUUGGAUCUUUACCUGCUUUGCAUGAAAGAGAAAUGGAACAUUGAUCAUCAAAGGCUCAAUCAGCUGCGAUGUCCCUAGAGGUCUGCGUGGCUGCUCAAGAGAACUCCUGAGUGAAUGACAAAAAUACUACCAACAGUAAGUCAAGAUCUUCUCCCAGGAGCAGUCUGGAACCUGACCACGGGGUGUCCAUGACCCCAGCGGCUGCUACCUGGCAGCAAUGAAAGGGUUAUCCGGCAGCCGCAGCCAUCACCACGGGGUCACCUGUGAUUCCACCUGCGACUCGCUGUCGCACCACUCGGAGCGCAAGCCGUAUCUGCUGAGCCCGGUGGAGCAUCACCCCGCCGACCACCCCUACUACACGCAGCGCAACUCCUUCCAGGCCGAGUGCGUGGGCCCCUUCAGCGACCCGCUGGCCAGCAGCACCUUUCCACGCAGGCACUACACGUCGCAGCAAGAACUGAAGGACGAGUGCGCACUGGUGCCACGCACACUGGCCAAUAAGGCGAACCGCAUCCCUGCCAACCUGCUGGACCAAUUCGAAAGGCAGCUGCCAUUGGGCCGUGAUGGCUACCACACGCUGCAGUACAAGCGCACGGCCGUGGAGCACCGCAGCGAUAGCCCCGGCCGCAUCCGGCACCUGGUGCACUCGGUCCAGAAGCUCUUCACCAAGUCGCACUCGCUGGAGGGGCCGUCCAAAGGCAGUGUCAACGGGGGCAAGGCCAGCCCCGAUGACACGCAGACAGUGCGAUACAGCAAGCGCAGCAAGAGCAAGGAGCGGCGCACAGAGCCCAAGGCCCGGUCCAGCGCUUCCCCGGGCUGGUGGAGCUCCGAUGACAAUCUGGACAGCGACAUGUGCAUCUACCACGCGCCCUCAGCGGUGAUGACCAUGGGCAGGUGUCCCGACCGCUCCACCUCGCAAUAUUUCAUGGAGGCCUACAACACCAUCAGCGAGCAAGCGGUGAAGACCUCCCGGAGCAACAACGACAUGAAGUGCUCCACCUGUGCCAACCUGCCCGUCAAUCUGGAUGCACCGCUCUUGAAAAAAAGCGCCUGGUCGUCGACGCUCACAGUGAGCCGCGCCCGGGAGGUUUACCAGAAGGCCUCGGUGAACGUGGACCAGGCCAUGGUGAAGUCUGAGUCGUGUCAGCAAGAACGAUCCUGCCAGUACUUGCAGGUUCCUCAGGAUGAAUGGUCAGGGUACACCCCUCGAGGUAAAGACGAUGAAAUUCCUUGCAGAAGAAUGCGCAGUGGCAGCUACAUCAAGGCCAUGGGGGAUGAAGAUAGUGGGGACUCGGACACAAGCCCCAAGCCUUCUCCCAAAGUGGCUGCACGGAGAGAAAGCUAUCUCAAGGCUACGCAGCCGUCCCUUACAGAACUCACCACCCUCAAAAUCUCCAAUGAACACUCUCCAAAACUCCAGAUCCGGAGUCACAGCUACCUGAGGGCAGUGAGUGAAGUCUCUAUCAACCGGAGCCUGGAUAGCCUGGACCCAGCAGGCUUGCUCACGUCACCAAAGUUCCGCUCCCGGAAUGAGAGCUACAUGCGAGCCAUGAGCACCAUCAGCCAGGUGAGCGAGAUGGAAGUGAACGGGCAAUUCGAGUCCGUGUGCGAGUCUGUGUUCAGCGAGCUGGAGUCUCAGGCCGUGGAGGCGCUGGACCUGCCCGUGCCAGGCUGCUUCCGCAUGCGGAGCCACAGCUACGUGCGCGCCAUCGAGAAGGGCUGCUCCCAGGACGACGAGUGCGUGUCGCUGAGGUCGUCCUCCCCGCCGCGCACCACCACCACCGUGCGCACCAUCCAGAGCAGCACGGUGUCAUCUUGCAUUACAACAUAUAAGAAGACUCCACCUCCAGUCCCACCCAGAACUACCACGAAACCUUUCAUUUCUAUCACAGCCCAGAGUAGCACAGAAUCUGCGCAAGAUGCCUACAUGGACGGCCAGGGCCAGCGCGGGGACAUCAUCAGCCAGUCUGGACUCAGCAACUCCACGGAGAGCCUGGACAGUAUGAAGGCUCUGACUGCCGCCAUCGAAGCCGCCAAUGCCCAGAUCCAUGGCCCUGCCAGCCAGCACAUGGGCAAUAACACUGCCACCGUCACUACCACCACCACCAUCGCCACGGUCACCACCGAGGACAGGAAGAAAGACUUUAAGAAGAACCGAUGCCUCUCCAUUGGGAUCCAGGUGGAUGAUGCUGACGAACCUGACAAAGCAGGGGAAAAUAAGGCAGCCAGUAAGUUCCAGUCUGUGGGAGUACAAGUAGAAGAAGAGAAGUGCUUUCGUAGGUUCACUCGAUCCAACAGUGUGACGACGGCAGUACAGGCUGACCUGGACUUCCAUGAUAAUCUGGAAAAUUCUCUGGAAUCUGUGGAGGACAAUUCGUGUCCCAGUCCGAUGGCCAGACAGUUCUCCAGGGAUGCCAGCACCUCUACCGUUAGCAUUCAGGGCUCAGGAAACCACUACCACGCCUGUGCAGCCGACGAUGACUUUGACACGGAUUUUGAUCCCUCUAUUCUGCCCCCUCCGGACCCCUGGAUUGACUCUAUCACUGAGGACCCUCUGGAGGCCGUGCAAAGGUCAGUGUGCCACCGGGACGGCCACUGGUUCCUGAAGCUUCUCCAAGCAGAGCGAGACCGUAUGGAAGGCUGGUGCCAACAGAUGGAGAGAGAGGAGAGGGAAAACAACCUGCCGGAAGACAUUCUAGGGAAAAUCCGAACUGCAGUGGGCAGUGCCCAACUUCUCAUGGCGCAGAAAUUCUACCAGUUCAGAGAACUGUGUGAAGAAAACCUGAAUCCAAAUGCUCAUCCGAGGCCCACCUCCCAGGAUUUGGCGGGGUUCUGGGACAUGCUGCAGUUGUCCAUAGAAAAUAUUAGUAUGAAAUUUGAUGAACUUCAUCAAUUAAAGGCCAAUAAUUGGAAACAGAUGGAUCCUCUUGACAAGAAGGAGAGAAGGGCCCCUCCUCCAGUGCCAAAGAAGCCGGCGAAGGGCCCCGCGCCGCUGAUCCGGGAGCGCUCGCUGGAGAGCUCGCAGCGCCAGGAGGCCCGCAAGCGCCUGAUGGCCGCCAAGCGCGCCGCGUCCGUCCGCCAGAACUCGGCCACCGAGAGCGCCGAGAGCAUCGAAAUCUACAUCCCCGAAGCGCAGACCCGGCUCUGAGCGCCGCCCGUCGAGGAUCGGUCCCCUCGCCUCUCGCCCGGCUCCGGCCUCCACUCCGCCCCCUCCCAGCCCGUCUGUUUCUGAGCUCAGUGACUUCCACUGUCGUGGCGUAGUUGUCCACCUCGCAGGAGCCGCCCCUCCACCCCCAAACCACCCUGCUCCCUGGACCAAUCUGCCCAUCUUCUCCACCGAGUCGCACCGCAGGUUUCAAUCCGCCACCCGGCCUCAUCUCCAGAGACACAACCCUUUCCUUUCUGGGCCAAGCCACACCCACCUGUGUAGAAAGGACCCCUUUAGGUCCCCUGCCAUCCUCAGUUCUCUCAAGUUAGCCUAUUCCUAGACCUCAGCAAUAUCAAAUCAUAGGGUAUUUCAGAAAUCCAGCAGCAGCAGCACAGGGCGAUCCUUUGGGACUCACCGUCUUCCACGCGCAAAGCACUGAGGGCUCCAGUCCCCUUUAUUUCCCCCUAAAUGGUCUAUUCUUUUCACAAAGCAGAUGGAGCACUUUAUUCCCAGCCUCAGUAAUCACAUCAUCUCACCAGAAUCAAUGAGUGACAGGGAGAGAGGGGACCAAGCCGGCCUGGGGGUGGGGGACCUGGAUGUGUAGCCGAGAAGGGAGACAGAAGUCACGGCUGCAGGUGCCGGAGGAACCUGCAGCCAUUCACAGCUGCACAAACUGCCUCACUGUUACUUCAUCAAUCACAGCUUCAGAUGUUUCAAUCAGCAGAAGAUUGUAAAUUUGAUCUUUCAGGGAAAUUAAUCUAUUCCGAAAGGCAAUAAAAGCAAGACAGGCAAGGCCAUGGUAGCCCGGAUGGUUUCACAUCCUACACAAGGGAUUUUAUUUAUUGAUUGAUUUAUUUGGUCCUAGUAUUAAAAACAUUUAGCUCUGAAAUGUUUCAUCAAUGUUGUACUGUGUAUAUUCUGUUGUUGUGGCGGUGGUUCCGCAAGGGGAGAGCGUUGGUCCUGUCCGUUUGUUAGCAUCCAUGCUGAUGGACCUACCUAACUACGCGCAUGUCUGCCUACAGCUGAUGCCGGAGACAAGUUUGAGUUUUCCUAUGAUCCCUUUGAAUGCUUCAGGUCCGUCUGUUUUAACCAGGUAGCUCAUCUCUCUAAUG